ACCCUUCUUCCCUCCCUCGUUUGUCGCAACGUACCACCGCCGCUUCAUGUCCUUCUCCCACUCUCCUACUCUUCCUCUUCUCCGGCAGGGCGACAUGGUGAUGUGCAUGAACAGCCGAAUGGUGCCGCUAGCCACCGUCGGCCGCCUCCCCGGCAGGCCAAUACCACGGCUGGUCGGGACGUCCAGAGACGGCCAAACCAUGGGGACGAGGUUGGAUUGGCAGCGCUACCUCCGCUGCCUCCGUAGCGGUCGCGGCUCGAUGGUCGGUGCUGCCGAGAAACGCCUCGUCGUCCAAAUGGCCAUCGUUACCACCGACGUCGAAACGGAGGUCAAGUUUAGAGAUUUGGAUCUUGAGAGGAGGAACCCUGGGACGGUUGUGGCAGUUAUCCUAGGUGGAGGUGCUGGAACUCGUCUAUUCCCUCUUACCAAGCGUAGGGCAAAACCAGCUGUGCCUAUAGGAGGUGCAUAUAGGUUGAUCGAUGUGCCGAUGAGCAAUUGCAUCAACAGUGGGAUCAAUAAAGUGUACAUUCUCACCCAGUUCAACUCUGCAUCGCUGAAUAGACAUCUGGCACGGGCUUACAACUUCAGUAAUGGUGUGAGCUUUGGGGAUGGUUUUGUUGAGGUUCUAGCAGCCACUCAAACUCCUGGCGUGGAAGGAAAAAGGUGGUUUCAGGGCACUGCAGAUGCUGUUCGGCAGUUCCACUGGCUUUUUGAGGAUGCCAAAGGCAAGGAUAUAAAGGAUGUGCUAAUUCUCUCCGGAGAUCAUCUAUACCGUAUGGAUUAUAUGGACUUUGUUCAGGAUCAUCGGCAAAGUGGUGCUGAUAUUACCAUUUCCUGCAUGCCGAUGGAUGACAGCCGUGCUUCAGAUUUUGGUUUGAUGAAGAUAGACAAUAAAGGAAGAGUUAUUUCAUUCAGUGAAAAACCAAAAGGAGAAGAUUUGAAGGCGAUGGAAGUGGAUACCAGUGUCUUGGGGUUGUCAAAGGAAGAGGCAGCAAAGAACCCAUAUAUAGCUUCAAUGGGAGUAUAUGUAUUCAAGAAGGAGCUACUUCUAAAUCUUCUCAGAUGGCGGUUUCCCACUGCAAAUGACUUUGGAUCUGAAAUAAUUCCUGCCUCUGCUAAAGAGUUCUUCAUCAAGGCAUAUCUCUUUAAUGAUUACUGGGAAGACAUCGGGACAAUUAAAUCUUUCUUUGAAGCAAAUCUUGCCCUUACUGCACAUCCACCACGCUUCAGCUUUUAUGAUGCAACAAAGCCAACGUAUACAUCAAGAAGAAACUUACCCCCGUCAAAGGUUGACAACAGCAAGAUUGUUGAUUCAAUUGUUUCCCAUGGAACUUUCAUGGACAACUGCUUGAUAGAGCAUAGUGUGAUUGGAAUCCGAUCUCGAAUAAGCUCUAAUGUGCACUUGAAGGAUACAGUUAUGUUAGGUGCUGACUACUAUGAGACAGAUGCUGAAACAGCAUCUUUAUUAGCUGAAGGGAGGGUCCCUAUAGGUAUUGGAGAGAACACAAAGAUAAGGAAUUGCAUAAUUGACAAGAAUGCAAGGAUUGGGAAGAAUGUGAUAAUUUCAAACUCAGAUGGAAUACAAGAAGCUGAUAGAUCCGCUGAAGGCUUCUAUAUACGAUCUGGCGUCACCAUCAUAUUGAAGAACUCGACAAUUGGGGACGGAUUCGUCAUAUGAUGGCUGAUUCUUUUUGUCUCUCUUUUACGGACACAAUUUACAUGUAAAUGAUGAAAAUAAUACACGAUGUUUGUUUCAUAAAUCAAGCAUCAUGGAAGUUUAUAUAUCUAUUGAUUUUUUUUCUAAU